UGACUUCCAAGUUGGUUGUCCUUGAAGAGCGGUUUGGUGAAAGUGAGCUGCACUGGAAUGUACUUUCCCUCUCGUUCUCACCGGAGAACCUUUCACUUCAAACUAUGUAUUUGCAGCUCAUGGAACGCCAUUCUGGCAGCAUGAUUAUGAAGUUCAUUCUCAGCUUCUGUAAUAGAAGAAAGAAAACAGUUUUAUUCCUCGAGAUAUUCACCCACGGUCGCAUCGGUCAUUGCCAAAGGUGAAUUCCCACCAUCGCACUUUUCAUGAAUAAAUUUUCUUCCAACUCCGUUUUCGCUCCUCCACUGUGCAACACCUUCCUUCGCAAUCACAAUCCACAAGUCGCAACCAUGAGCAUGAAACAGAUCGAGCCCUACGUCCGGCGUUGCCCCAUAGCUACGUCCUUUCCCGCACCACAGACGCCAUUCAUCUACUACUUCUUGUACGACGGAUAUUAUAACUGCGAGGAGUUUGAGAAGCUCUUCCCUCGUGCAACGAAGGUAGGACUUGCAUGUCUCCAAGGUUGGGUAUGGCACAUCAAUGUCAAAGGGAAACAAAACAUCCGGAAGAUGUUCUACAACGGCGAAGACCCUUCUCAAAACGGCAUCAGAAGCAUUACUUACGGCUGGGUAUAUCGCGUUGUGAAGGAGGACGAAGGAAGCUUGCAUGGCAAAUACGGGGUCGAUCGAGUCAGAAUGGGACAAUGCGUCACUGUAAAGCAUCCCUACCUCCCAAGUGCCGUCGCUGGACUCCCCGUGAUUCUUUACUGGGACCCUCGCAACACCCGGGAUGGAUGGAACUGGAAUAAAUGGAGCAGCAGCGAAGCAGAACAACUCAAAUGGAAGAAAGCAGCUGCUUCAUUGAGAGGAGCCGGUGUCCCGAAGUGGUACAUCGAGCACGUCCUAGAUACUGUGAAGAGGGCCAAGCCAUACCACACAAUCCACGACAACUACACAGCUGAGGACAGUACGAUCUAUUUCAACCCUCAGGACCUACAUUAUACUCCUCCAACCACUUUCACGCUACCUGCCCCGCUGCGGCCAUACAGUAGUCAAGGACGAAUUCAAGGACAGGCCACUAUCGGCAGAGCGGUAAAAGCAAUACCCAGAUCACAACCAACCCCUUCUGGGCCCAAGUCGGUUUCUAGACCCCCAUCAAUUGCUCGACCACAAUCAACUACCGUUCCGCAAUCAGUUUCCCGACCCCAAUCAAGUCCUCGACCACACUCAGCUACCGGACCACAAUCUGCCAACCCACAAUCCGGUGCCAGAGCUCGGCCAACAAAUCAGCGAUCCACCAUUCCGCCUCCAACAGGUCCUGGCCCGAACGUCAAGGUGGUGAAGAAGAGAAAGUCGGAUUCUAGCGACGAUGGAGGACAGCCACUGAAGAAGCCAAUGAACAAGAAGCCGCCCCCCGGUCCUAGUAACCUUCGCCACGGAACCCACGCUUGAUCGGUGAUAUCUGGGUGGGCUGAAUCGACUUGUACACUUUCUACGCCAGGAUGGAGGGAUGGAGGGAACGCACCUUGUAUCAUAUUUGAGGAUAAUGCAGAUCAUUGAGACAAGUUCUUCGUGGAACAUAAAUC